CUUGAGUUUUGGACAUGCGCAGAAGAUCCAUCAAGUGAUCGUGCAUUAAUACUUUAUUUAUAUACAAAAAACCUUCUAAAUAGUAUUCCAUAUGAUCCAUUAGAAGCAGAACUAUUAGUAAAAAACCAAAAUCUUCAAAAUAAGAUCGACCAGUUUUGGGGUUGUUUCAAUCCUUCUAUCAAAAUAAAUAAUCGUGGUAUAAAUGCAAGAAAAUAUUCACGAAUUAAUGGACCUGGUUGUAUUGCUAUAAAUAAACCUAUAGUAACUCAAAAUCAAAUAUCAGAAAUCAAAAAUCGGGAGUUUGAAGUAUUUUUUGCAGAUAAAGACAAUGUGUUUAUGAGUUCUUACAAAGUUCAUUCAAAAACUAAUCUUCCAAUUCUUUAUCUAAAAGACAAUAAGGAAGCACUUUGGAAAAAAUAUGAAGCGAUUUACUCAGAUAGAAUUAAAUGA